CUGACUUUAAAAGUGCUAUGUUAAUGUGACCUGUAGGGAUGGUCUGAGGGACUACCUCAGGUUGUUGAGAGGGUCGCAAAGAUAAUCCAUUUCAGCAAAGGGGGUGCCUUACGCAGAGUUAAGACUCAAGUGUUUGUUUUUUUUAUUUAACUUCUUGUUUAUUUAUAAAACUUUUAUUGAGGCAAAAUUCCUAUAACAAAAUACAUCAUAGAGCCAUUUUUAUAGUGUACGAUUUCCUGGUUUUUAGUAGAUUUAAAAUGUGCAACCAUCAUCAACAAUUCCAGGACAUCUCCAUCACUCCAAAAAGAAAUGCUGUACCUGGUAGUAGUCAAACCCAGUGUCCUUCCAUCCCUCUCUAGCUUCUGGCAAACAAUUUACUUUCUGUGUCUAUAGGUUUGCCCAUUCUGGGCAUUUCUUGUAAACAGAACUAUAUAACAUAUGGCCUUUUGUGUCUGGCUUCUUUCACGUAGCAUGAUGUUUUGGGGUUCAUCUAUAUUGUAGCAUGUGUCAGCACUUCUUCAUUCUUUUUUAUGACUGAUAUUUUGUUGUUAUUCCACGCUUUGUUUAUUCACCAAUUAAUGCACAUUUCAAGUUUUUAUUAAAAUCCCUGUUCUUAGGUUCUAUAAUCCCAAAGCAUGGCGCUCUGGCAUAAGGGGGCAAAGCAUACUGAAAUACUGCCUCUGUUUGGCCAUGACUUGCUUGGGUUCCUAUGACCUGACUGAAAGGCAGGGCCUGUUUUGAGCAUGAGAACACAGACUAAGAUGUGGAAACCUCCUGAAGAUCCUAAGGUUUACAGGAAAGCAGGGAUUCACUACUCCAGAUUCAGGGGCCACUGGGCCAAACUACAGAAACAGACUAAAGAUACAGAGAACAAUCUGGUAGUUAGUUGCCAGCCAAGAGGAGGGAUGGAGGGAUAGUGAAAUAGGAGAAGGGAAUAAAAAAUUAAAAGGUACAAAGUUCCGGAUAUAAAAUAAUUAAGACGGGAUGCAAUGUACAACAUAGGGAAUGUAAUUAAUAUUGUAACAACUUUGUAUGGUGACAGACAAUUACUAGAUUUAUCCAGGUGAUCACUUCCUAAUGUAUAUAAAUGUUCAAUCACUAUGUCGGGCACGCGAAAACUAAUGUAACAUCGUGUGUCAACAACGCGAAAUACAGAGAAAGGAAAACGGAAUCCUGUCUUUUGCCGAGCCCGGAACUGCGUUUCGGCCCCUCCCAGAUCCGUCAAAAGGAGCCGGAUGUGUGGCGCUGGGCUCCGUGCGUGACAGCGCUCAGCCAAUGGGCGCCGGGCGUCCGUAGUCCUGGCAACAGCCGCUUCCAAGCUCAGAGUAGCGCGACUCUCGCAAACUUUGGAAUUACUCAUUUUUUAUACACCAGCCCCCGCUCAAGCAAACACAUACGGACACACACACAUUCACUCAAUCUUCACACCUGUUGGCAGCGCCGCGACUAUGGACGAUUUCUAUGAAACGUACCAGGCUGUGUUCUUAACCACUGCUGCUUGGUACCAGUCUGAGACCCUGGCUGAUGAUGAAAAUGCCAGCAAGGACCCCGUCUUCGAUCCUCAACUGGUUAUUGCUCACUGCUUCAAGCAGUUCAAGCAGGAGGGCUUCCAGCUGCCUCAAAGCCGCCGGCGGAUCAUUAUCUUGCCACAAAAAGGAGACCCAGUGCCCAUCAAUCCCAUGCCCCAGCCCCAGAGUCCCCCACAGCCCACCCCCACCUUCAGAGUCCUGGAAGCUGGGGACAUCCAAGGGCAGUUGGAGGACACGAGGACCUGGCUGAGCCGGAGGUUGAAGCUUCGGCAGGACCUGGAAUCAUUUGGUAACCCAGAGAGGUGGCUGCAGCACAAGCCCUGCCUCACGCCUUCAGAGGCCAAGGUCUUACAGGUGAUCCACAAAGAGCAGGAGCCCCAGUUGAGGGCCCAGCAGAUUACUACCAGAGCCACCAAGAAGAAAUGCUGCCUACCCUUCUGUCGGGCGGUGCCCCAGCUCCAACUGCCCAAGCCCUCCGCCCUGCUGGCCUUGUAUUCCUACCUGCGUGGCCACAAGAUCAAGAUCCUGGAGAUAUUUAGCAAGGUGACCCAGGACAAGAACCAGAGCAUCUCCAGGGAGGAGUUCAUUGUGGCUCUGAAGUCGAUCAGAGUCCCUCUGAAAAACCAGGAGUUGGAGGAUAUUGUGAUCUAUCUCAGCUCCCUGGGGAAGCAAAACACCAUCACCACAGAUAUCCUGGCCGACAGCUACAAGCAGUGGUCUUUGGAUCAGCAGAGAAGCACCGUGCCAACCACCAGGGAGUAUUAUAGAUCUGCCAUGCAAAGAGCUUCCCCACAAAGUCCAUCCAAGAAUCAGAAGGUGAGUUUAGCCCCACAGCCUCCCAAGAUGGACCUGCUGACCGUACCCGUGGUGGACACGCAGAUGGAGGCGCGGCCCAUGACCCUGGAGGAGAUGGAAGAUGUGGGCAAGCGGUACCGGGAGAGGAAACGGCAGCACAAGCUCACUAUCCCCUCCAUCCAGUACAUGGAGCAGUGCCGCCUGGUGCGCAGCGGGAAUAAACACUUCGACGAGCACUGCCUGCCGUCCACCAUCAGUGGGGAGAUGAAGGAGGUCGUCAACAUGUACCGCAGGAACAACUUUCUGGCUUACCUCCAGUGCUGGAAGCUCUGUGAGUACUACGGCCUCCCGCUGACAGAGGAUGUCCUCAUGAAAGCCCUGCUGUACCCGGGAGACAAGAUCGUUUUCCAUAAGGACCAGGUGCGCCCGAUCCGGCAGCCAGGAGGCUACUACUCAGACCUGAAGAUCUUCGGUCCAAGUCAGGCCCUGCUCAGGUCUCAGGGCUUCAGCGAGUCUCUGGCAAGGAAGACUGACAAUAGGAGAACAUCAAAGAAAAUCAAGAAAAUACACUUUAAGGAGUUUGAGGAAUUCACCAGGAAGCUGAAGGCAAAAAGGCCCAGCGGUCCGCAGCGAACCCAUCCCAAUUUCUUCUGGCCGGGUCACCUCCUGGACAGGCUGAGGCUCUACCUGCCCACUGUGGCCAGGGACCGGAGCUUGGCACUUUUCAGCUGUGUCCAACCCCCGUCCCAUGCCUAUGCAGCCACCUACCACCCCAACCACUGGUGGCCUGUUAGGAACAUGAACUACAUGACCUGUGCCUAUUAUGAUGCCCCCAACAUCUUCUCCAUCAACUAGAGGGGCCUGGGUGUCAUUGGACCCAGCCAUCCUUGGGCCAGGGGUCAGUGCAGCCAGUAGUCCAGUGCCAUAGACCCAGGGGGAUAUCCAAGAGCCAGACAAAAGAAAGCAUUUCAGUGGGAUGGUCCCGGGCCUGCUCUCUCUCAAGCAAAAGUGUCCAGUGUCUUGGAGGGUGGAUGUGUCCAAGGAAAGCUGUGCAGUUUCUGUGUGUUCCCUUGUCCUGACCUCUCCCUUUUGAAAUAAACCAGGUUGGAGUUUUUUCUCAUGCCUUCUGUGAUCCUGCUCAUGGGGUUUCUUGCUCAGGAGCUAUGGCCAGAGGGGUGUUUUAAAAGCUGGGGUGCUGCACUUGAGGGAAUACCACAGGCACAUUCCCUGGGAUGUUAUCAGGGAUGCCUGUAUGGCAUCUCCAGCCACUUGUCCUGGGAACUCAGUGCCCAUAGGGAAGCCAGCCAGCAUGGGUAGCCCUGUGCCUUUCUCUGUGAAAUAAGGUAGCAGCAUGUCCCUCAUCCCCCAAGGUCUGAGUCCUUUGGGUCACUGCUUCCAAAUUUCUGGGUCUUUUGCAGUUGGAGGCAUGUUGUCUGUUCAGGAGCCCUUUGCCUGAUAACCCACCUGACUGGGUCAAGACCUUUUCCUUCACAACAUGCAGGAUGUGGCCUGCUAUUAUUAUUAACAUAAUGCUUCCAUGCUCCACAUCCCAUCUGACUUCCCCCAGCCUGCAGGAUAAGCAGGACUUGUGAGGUGUGGCACAGUCACAGACACAAAGGGGUUCCAGUCUCACCCCACUGCUUGCCAGCUGUGUGACCUCGGACAAGACAGUUCACAUUUCACUUCCUGGGUCUCCUCAAACUCCCCUUCCCGUCACAGCUGAAAUCUCAAGGAGCAGCUGGCAACUCUCUUUUCCCUUCCCACUU